UGUGGGUACGUCUCUAAGUUCCUCUUGUUCGUAAGACUGAUAAGUUCCUUUUGUUUGUUUUAAGACUGAGGCUGUUAAUAAUCCCUCCAGGCAUAUCAAUACUGAGCACAACACAUAUGUACACAUAUAUACACAUAUACACUACAUCUAUAUCUGCAUGUGCGCGUACAUAGACACGUCUACACAUUGUACACAAACAUAACACGUACACGCAUGUACAAACUAUUACUCGCAAAUCCGCAACCAUGAAUAAUCUGAGCAUUACAACCAAUUCCGUGCCGGUCAAAUCAGCCAAAUCAGCCUUGCGUAAGGCCAUUCACGAUAAUACAGCUAGAUCGCGUACUGUAACUAUCGCCUGUAAACCCCCCACAUUGGGCUUGGGUAUGAUGAUGGAUCCCGUGUCUUGUGUACGUUUAUCAGCAAAGACUAUAUCUGAUGGGGAAAGGGUCAAAUCUGAGGAAGUAAGGCGUGUUAAUUGGGGGGAAUGUAAUCUCAUCUCAUGUACGUAUGGACCAGAGGAAUACGAUCGCACGUGUGAGGUGCUUCCGUAUUUUCGCUGGAAUGCUAAGCAGCAACGCAACUUACUGCAAGAACUAAAAGCAGAGCUUAAGGACGUGUAUGUACACCCAAGUUCGCCCAGUGCAAUGAGUUCAACUAUCAUGCCAUAUAAGGAAGACAUUCCCAUAUUGAAGGAGUGGAGUACGAGGUUAGCUAGUCUGUUUCACAGACUCACACAGCCGUCGCCGAGUGUUGUUGAUGACCCCGGGGAUGCGCCCUACGAUCCUAACAGCACACAGCACUUUGUCGCAAGAGGUUUAUGAAGGUUGUGAUCAGUUGCUGGGUUAUCGACAUCUUGUGAUGAGGUGAAUAUCAACAUAAGGUGUAUCGCAUAAUGCGUAAGCUGACUAGAUCAACAGUGUUAGCAAUCUCAGCAACUGGGUUUUAGGGUUGUUGAGGUGUAUGACUGUAUAAGGGGAAACAGCAGCUUAGAUCAAGUAUGAUAGCAAUACCAGCGAGAGGGUCAUGAAGGUAGUGCGCAUGAUGUGCGCAAGAGUCAUCACAUUAGCAGAUUUGAUCAAUCGAGAUAACAUCGUGCCAGCGUAACAUCGAAACGUACAAGUGGAUUUGAAGCAACGAUACAGUACAACUCUUUGGCGCGAAAGGCUUAUGACCAUGUACACUUGUACUGAGGUGUAUCACAGGAAGCACAUACGUGAGCAGAUUAGAUCAGUCACGAUAGCAACUUUUCAAAAAUAUCAUGAAGGUAAGUUUAUGAAGUCGUCCCAUGAGGGGUAGGAGAGAUAUCACAUACAUC